UCAUAAAAUUGAAGUGUAAGGAUAAGUUUUUUUUAUUUUUUAUUUUCUUCUGCCACUAGGAAGGAGAGGGAGGAUAAAUUUUUAUAUGUUCCGGGUGGUGUAGCCGGAACACCCCAAAAUUAGUCGAAGGGGAGGGGGAUAAUACAUUAUUAUUUGGGGUUUCCUCAAGAGUGCACAUUACUACGCGUUGAAACCCGGAUGCCACAUGAGGGGAAGGAGCAAUGAGUUGUCGUCACUCUUACCUGGAUAAUUUUUUUAUUUUGGGUCAAAAUAUUGACCAAUAGGUAAUCUUUUAGACCAGCCUGCAUAUUUACGUGGUAUUUCAAGAAACAGCAACAACCCAGAUCUGCUAUAUAUUUAUUAAAGUUUUGUUAACCGGAAGAGGUGGAUCUGUGAUGGAGGAGGAGGACAAGUGCCACUCAGCGCGGAAGCGGUUUCAAGAGGAGUUUGACCGUCGUAGAUCGAGUGCGAUGGAGGAGGACAAGUUGUACUUGGCGUUAAAGCGGGUUGCAGAGGAGUAUGAUGAGAUUGAAUCCAAUCCCUCCGACGAUUUCAAGUGCGGCCUGCUCGGGCGUAACAUGUUUGAAUGGCAAUUUGCAGUCAGAGGCGCUAUUGGAACUGAAUUCGAGGGUGGGAUUUAUCAUGGGAGGAUCCAGUUUCCGGAGGAUUACCCAUCGAAGCCUCCGUCAUUCAUGUUUUUGACGGAAAAUGGGCGCUUCAAAAUCAAAACCAAGAUCAGAUUGAAAUGGCGGCCAUCAUGGAGGGUGCGAGAUGCUUUACUUGAACUUAUUGAUUUAAUGUCUACCUACCCUGAUGGUGAAUUGGGUUCAGUAGAAUACAAUAAGGAAGAAAGGCGUGCCCUAGCCGUCAAAUCUCGUGCAGCACCCCCAAAAUAUGGCACUUGUGAACGUCAAAAGGUAAUUGAUGAGAUUCAUGAAUAUAUGCUAAGCAAGGUACCCCCUAUUCCUGUUCCUCCUCAACUGCAUUUCCAAAAUCAUGGAGCCAAAAGAAAGCACGGCACAGGUGGCACAGGCAGCAGCGGCGGCGACAACGGCUCUGUCGUGAAUGUUAUUGGGAAUACAUUUCAUGCUAUCAAUUCCAACGGAGUAGGAUUUUUGGAUUCUAUGAAUGAGGCCUUCAACCCCAAGAAAGCAAAACGGUGUUGGCUUUGGUGAAGAAGCAAAAAUUGGACGACCAUGUUUAGGAUGCCAAUUCUCCAGCCCAACACUUAUGUUUUAGUCCACCGUUGGUUGUGUAGGUAAGAAUAAGUAGUUAGGCUCAGUAUGAGUUGCCCUCCAGCCUUAAUCAUUCGGUUCUUAUUUUAAUUUUGUUGUUGUCGAAAUUCGGUUUUUAUUAAGUUUAAUCUAUGGUGUCCCACUGCAUUUAUAUCUCUUUUUUGUUUGUCCCUUUUGCCCUUGGAAAUACAUAUAGUAAGAAACUUAAAA